AGAGAGAGUUUAAACCCAGUAUAGCCUACAACUUUUUUUUGCUGAAUUCUCCUUCGAGUGAAGCAGGACAUGUAAAAGUCAGUUGUUUUGUAGCACAUGUUAAUUUCAAUAAUCUAUCCAGCAUGAUUUUACGGCAGCUCUUCACGUGCACCGUACAGUGGACGCUGAUAUUCACCUGCAUCCUCCUCAAGAUCGCAGAGGCCCAAACUGAUGUCAGCACGUCCACAACAGCACCAACCGCUGAGAAUGCUGCUGCGACCUCAGUCUCACAAACUCCGUCUGGCUCCUCCGCAGUAACCAAAACAACGGACGAGGUUGCAGCCUCUUCAGGUCUGACCAGUCUAAUCACGGACAGCUGGAACACUGACAGGAACACCAGCCCCUCCACCCCUAGUCACGACACAUCUGAAGGAAGUGUAACCAAAACAACGGACGAGGUUGCAGCCUCUUCAGGUCUGACCAGUCUAAUCACAGACAGCUGGUACACUGGCGGGAACACCAGCCCCUCCACCCCUAGUCACGACACAUCUGAAGGAAGUGUAACCAAAGCAACGGACGAGGUUGCAGCCUCUUCAGGUCUGACCAGUCUAAUCACGGACAGCUGGAACACUGACAGGAACACCAGCCCCUCCACCCCUAGUCACGACACAUCUGAAGGAAGUGUAACCAAAACAACGGACGAGGUUGCAGCCUCUUCAGGUCUGACCAGUCUAAUCACAGACAGCUGGAACACUGACAGGAACACCAGCCCCUCCACCCGUAGUCACGACACAUCUGAAGGAAGUGUAAACAAAACAACGGACGAGGUUGCAGCCUCUUCAGGUCUGACCAGUGCAACCAGGAACAGACGGAGCACUGACAGAAACACCAGCCCCUCCACCCCUAGUCACGACACAUCUGAAGGAAGUGUAACCAAAACAACGGACGAGGUUGCAGCCUCUUCAGGUGAGAAUCCCAUUUGA